AUGACGGACUCUCCCAGCGGAGACCAAUAUAUCAAAAAAGACAAAAUAUUAUUGCCCUGUCCGCCAUCCGUCGAUGUACUAAGCCUCCCCCCUGACGAGCAGGUAAUUUCUGUCCUCAGCAAACAAGGGGGCCGACUUGUCCUUGAGUAUGACCUCUCCUAUAUAACCAAGUCCGGGCACGGAGUAACACCUACUGAGGCUGAAGCGAUGAGACUUGUAUUCCGACACAACUCUGUUCCCGUGCCUGAAAUAUUGUUGAAAGAUUUUAGUCCUGAGGAUGGUGGUUUCAUUUCCAAGCUACGGGAUAUUCCUCCACCGCAAGAGCUGAAUGGUCUUUUUCAGUGUGCCGCCGAUGGCUCACUGACAAGAGACCCAUUGCUUCAGGAUCUAAAAGAGCCCGGUCGGCCUCUAAUGAACGAUUCGGAAUUGCGAGCUCGGAUUUACGAACGCUAUAUCCAUUUCGGUGAUAUGUUACCGCAGUCUGAUAGCUGCGUGUUCACACACGCUGAUAUAGCACCGCGAAAUAUCAUGGCUGAUGAGAACAACGAAGAGUAUGCACAGAUAAUGAGGCUUGCUUUUUGGGGAGACUGGGCAGUGUGGAUGGAUCGGACGGCACCACACAGGUGGGAUAUCAGUGGGGUCAAUGCUGCUAGACGGGUGUUGUUCUGAUAUCGGGGCUCUACUGGGAGAAGCUGAGGGAUGGUUUAUAUAGCUAGGUACCGUUGUGCAAAAUAGAUCAAGGCACAAUACACAUGAAGAAAGAUCAAGCCCUGGAGAAGUUAGGGCUCGAGAAGUAAUGUGAUGUGCCCGUAACAAGAUUGUCAGCCAGCCUCUGAUUGGCUGGAAUGGUGCUUAGCAACACGGUGGCCCGUGCGCCGGGUGUAUUUACUUUGCCUGCUCGACACUAUUGCUGCUGUUUGAGACAGCAUGGAGC